CCAAAAAUUAAUCAUCAUUUAAUUAACAACCUCAUCCAAGUCCACUACCAUUACUCUACGCACCUACUGAAUUAUACCAAACCGUGAAAAACUUAGCUGUGCAAAUAUGGCAGAAAAUAAGGAAAUAAGUGAAAAGGUGCUGACUGUUUUAAAAGUGAUUGGGGAAGUUCUGCUUAUGCUCCUUUAUGGACUCUACUGCUAUGCAAACCUACUUUUUAGGGUAUUCGUCCCAGCCCCCAAAAAGUCAUUGGAUGGAGAAAUUAUGCUGAUAACUGGAUCGUCUACGGGGAUCGGGCGAGAAGCGGUUCUUCAGCUAGCCAAGAACCAUUCGAGAACAACCCUGGUCUUGUGGGACUGGAAUGACGAGGAAAACAAAAAAACUGCCAGUGACGCAAAAAAACUUGGAGCCAAGGUUUUUGCAUACCAAUUGGACGUUACAGAUCGAUUGAAAGUUGAAGAAACUGCGAAAAAGGUACAACAAGAGGUUGGGGAUGUGACUAUCCUCUGGAAUAAUGCAGGAAUUGCCAGAGUGAAAGACUUGAUCAACUCAAAACCGGAAGAUUUGGAGAAAACAGUCCAAAUUAAUCUGAUCUCCCACUUUUGGACGCUCCGUGCAUUUUUGCCAAGUAUGAUCCAGAAUAAUCACGGCCACAUUGUCACCACUGCAUCUCUGGGUUCCUUCUUCGGCGCUAAGUAUGGUGCUGCUUAUUUUGCUGCAAAGUUCGGAAUCAGAGGCUAUCUAGAAUCCGUGCAAGAUGAGUUACGGGUUCACCCUUUGAAUCCAAACAAGAUAAAAUUUACUACUAUUUUCCCCUCAUUUAUUAAAACUCCGCUAACAAAAGGUGUAACUUUAAGUGUGAAGGGAGCUAAUGAGAAGGACGUUUGGCUUAAUGCUGAAAAUGUGGCCACCAUAAUCAUCGAUGGAAUCCAGCGAAAUUUGGAGAAAGUCAUUAUUCCAAAAGGCUUCGAACUAGUCAUUCUUUUCAAAAGUCUUACGCCCUUUGCAUUCUUCCGGGCAGUGAAUAACAAACUUUUUGACGGAGACUACAAGGAAGACUAGGCUGACAAGCCAUACUCCAAUGAAUUGAAUUGUUAAGGUAUCCCUAUUGCUACAUGCAUAUUUAAUAAUACUUUCCAGACAUACAUAUAUACCCAUUAUAAAUCUAUUAACAUCCCAGUCAACAUUAACAACUGACUAAAGUCAAAAGUGCGUGCUUUAUGUAUAAAUAUGUAUAAUUGAAUAAAAUGAGUUGUCAUUCUUGUCA